CAGCCGAGUAAAUCAGUUUUGAUUUAGACCAGAAUUCGCAUCGACCUAAUACGAUACGCCAACGCAACCCAACCACAGCCCCAGAGACCCAUCAUUGAGAUUGCGAUCACCAAUGCUUGUGUGGAAUGAAAAUCAGGAUUCCAAUUUUACAUUCAUUUGAAUACUGAACUGAGCCGCCCCGCCGAGAAGCCACAAGCGCGUGUCCGGCAACUGCCUCGAUUUGGUUUAAAUUCUCGACUCUCCUUUGGGCCCUUGGUUGUUUUUUUUUGUAUUUUUCUUUUGUUUUUUUCUGUGCCAAAAAUCGUUCAUACCCUGCUCUGGUGAUAAUGCUUAGCAGUGCUGUCAGCAAAGAUCACAAGUUUGAAAGCCGCCGCAGCAGCCACGCCAACCCUCCGGCAACAGCUCCCAGCAGCGGAGUCGCAAUCGUUGACGAGACGCUCGCCCAGGAGCUGCACUUGCAGAAGCUAGAAGAUGAUGCUCAGCGUCGCACUCAGUGGCAGAUCAAGGGCUCCUCUCUGUCCCUCAACACGCACAAUCGCAUUCGCAACAUUGUCGAGGCGCUGCAGAUCAAGCCCAAUCCACAGAAGCCCAUGAUACCCCUAUCCAUAGGUGAUCCCACGACGUUCGGCAACCUGAAGGCGGCCGAUGAGACCAUGAAGGCUGUGCUCCGCUCGCUGGAGAGCGGCAAGUUCAAUGGCUACGCCCACACCCAGGGCCAUGAGGCGUCGCGCCAGGCGGUGGCCCAGUACAGUGCACAUCAGCGUCCUGGCGGCACAAUCGAUCCCAGCGAGGUGCUGCUCUGCAGCGGCUGCUCCUCGGCCCUGGAGUACUGCAUACUGGCGCUGGCCGAGCGCGGCCAGAACAUAUUGGUGCCCCGACCGGGCUUCUGCCUCUACCACACCCUGGCCGAGGGCCUGGACAUUGAAGUGCGCUACUAUGAACUGUUGCCGGAGAAGCAGUGGCGUGCCGAUCUCCGGCAGCUGGAGAGUCUGAUCGAUGCCAAUACGGCCGCGCUGCUGAUCAACAAUCCGAGCAAUCCCUGCGGCAGCGUCUACGAUGAGGAGCACCUGCUGGAGCUGAUUGACAUUUGCGAACGCCACUAUCUGCCCAUAAUCGCCGAUGAGAUCUAUGAGCACUUUGUAUUUCCGGGCUCGCGUCACGUGGCGGUUAGCAGUCUCACCCGUGAGGUGCCGGUGCUCUCGUGCGGCGGUCUCACGAAGCGCUUCCUGGUGCCCGGCUGGCGCAUGGGCUGGAUCAUUGUGCACGACCAUCACAAGCGUCUGGGCACCGCACUCAACGGCCUCAAGAACAUGUGCGGCCGCAUUCUCGGCACGAACACGAUCAUCCAGGGUGCACUACCCGACAUACUGACCAAGACGCCGCAGUCCUACUUUGAUAGCGUCAUCGAGGUGCUUCACACCAAUGCCCAGCUGGCGUACAAGAUGCUGAAGGCGGUGCCCGGGCUCAAUCCCGUCAUGCCGAACGGCGCCAUGUACAUGAUGAUUGGCGUCUGCAUUGAGCGCUUUCUGGCCUUCAAGGACGACACGCACUUCGUGCAGGAGCUGGUCAACGAGCAGAGCGUCUUCUGUCUGCCCGGCAGCUGUUUCUCCUAUCCGGGCUACAUACGCAUCGUCCUGACAGUCCCAGCCGCGAUGCUCGAGGAGGCUUGCGUUCGCAUCGCCGAGUUCUGCGACACGCACUACAAGAAGGAUAACCGUACGCUGAUCGAAGACGGUCUGCUCGAGGAUGGGCAUAUACACUACUGAUUGGAUUGAAUUGGAAAUCGGUUUAUUGGUUUGGUACUGUUACUAUACACACUCACACUCGCACACACACACACACACACACACACGCACACACGCACACGCAGGCACUCACACAGACACUUUAUUAGAUGCUCUCUAGGCUACAAUUGCUAGCUUGUUAUACAUUAGUGUUACAAUAAUUACCUAAACGUAUAAUAUAAGAAGUAUUGUCUUUAAAAACAUUCAUUCCUCCAUUAAUAUAUGUAUGCUUGUUUAUAAGGAAGUAUGUAUAUACGUAAGUCCGAUGGUAACUUGUAAGAGAAUCGACGUACAUCAUGAUGUGAAUGUGUGAACAUGUUUGGUUUCCUUUCUUUUUUUUUU